AUGUUGUUCUCUGCAGCACUCCUCGCGUCUGUCGUUGCAUCCGUUUCGGCCCAUGCGACUUUCCAAGAGAUGUGGGUCAAUGGCGUAGACCAAGGCAACUUCUGUGUGCGAACGCCUGCGUCAAACUCGCCCGUCACGGAUGUGACCAGCACUGACAUUGCUUGCAAUGCGGGUGCUUCUUCAAGCCCUAACCUCUGCACAGUUAACCCUGGUGAUGAGAUCACCGUUGAGAUGCACCAGCAGCCCGGAGACCGUUCAUGUGCAAACGAGGCUAUUGGCGGAGCUCACUAUGGUCCGAUGAUCAUGUAUCUGGCACAGGUAGAUGAUGCAACGACCGCUGUCGGCUCCGAUGCCGGGUGGUUCAAGGUUGACGAGGAUGGUCUUGCGUCCAACAAUCCUGACUAUUGGGCAAAUGAAGUUCUCAAUGACAACUGUGGUCACUGGACGUUCACAAUACCGUCUGAUAUCGCUCCAGGCAACUAUCUGCUCCGUGCUGAAACUAUUGCGCUGCACACUGCAAGCAGCACUGGAGGUGCACAGUUCUACAUGUCAUGCUUCCAGCUCAACGUCGGUGGGUCCGGAUCGGCGUCGCCUUCAACCGUCAAAUUCCCUGGCGCGUACUCUGCAUCAGACCCAGGUAUUCUUAUCAACAUCUACCAGAGCCUCACUGCCUACACCGUGCCUGGACCGACUCCUUAUGCGACAACGUCCCCUCUUCCGGCUUCGACUGCGUACCCCACCACUGCUACAUGGAAUACUGCUCUGCAACCGUCGACUGUCCCGGCUUCUCCGGUGUCCACUGCUAUUGCUCAGGCUUGA